AUGGAGGCUGGAACCUCGCUCCGAUACUUUUCGGGGGAGGACAGUGACCACCGUGAAUAUCGACGGUGGAAACAGUGGGUGGUCAACAAGAUGCGAACAAUGGAUAAACUGGAUGAGGCUGCACGUGGCUCGUUCAUUUGGACUCUCCUGUCAGGCAAAGCGCUGGAAGUGGUGGAGCAUUUGAAGGAAGAAGAUUACCAGGUGAAGGGCGGUGAUUCUGUCAUCUUCAAGCUCCUUGACAGGCGAUGGCCUGAGCUGGAUCGCACGGACGAGAUCGGCGAGAACAUCGAUUCAUUGCAAGACAUUGAGCUGUUUCUGGCUGAGCACGGCUAUGAAGAGUCAGGUGAGCCUCACCUGACGGGUGAAGAGUUGGAUGAAGAGGACACCGCUGAGAUCUUGGCCACGACCUGGAAGGAGCGACGCUCCGAGUUGAACCAAGUUCAAAAGGGCCGAAGGUUCAUUGCUUCUGACACCCGCCGUGGCCAGACUGCUGGUGGUAAGGACUUCAAGCGGUCCUUCCGUGUUCAAGUCGAAGAGCUGAAGCAACGUACCCGGUGCCGACGAUGUGGUAAGCUGGGACAUUGGCAGCGUGAGUGCAAGUCGCAACCUGCUAGUGCUUCAACGACAUCCACCAGUCAUGCAGCCAGCGCCGUCCAGGUAGUGGAUAGCCCAGCAGAGCACUUUGUGUGUACUGCAGCUCUUUGUCCGGAGCUGCCCAAUGAGGUCUUGUUGGUGAGCAGUCCAGGGUUCGCCAUCCUGGACAGUGGCUGUGGGAAGACAAUCAUUGGUCAUGACACCCUCGAGUCCUUUAAGAAGAUCUGGGCUCGACGUGGCAUUCCUGAGCCACCCCUUCGAAAGGAAUCCAACCAGUUCCGAUUCGGGAACGGUGAGCUGGAGGUGAGUUCUCAUAUGAUCGAUCUCCCAGUGGUCUUAGCUGGACGCCCUGGUUUUGUGAAAGCUGCUAUCGUGAAGGGAUCAGCCCCGCUGCUCCUGUCAAGGCCAGCAAUGAAGACCUUGGGCGCCUCCAUGAACUUCGGAGAAGACAAGCUGACCCUGUUUUCUGACCGGGUUGAGAUUCCGUUGGAGGUGAACGCCGCAGGACAGUAUGCUGUGAAUGUGUCGGCCUUUCCGAAGAAUGCCGCCGAAUUGUUUCCGCAGCCUGUUUUGAAGCCAGUGCACGACUCCGUUGAGCCUGCAGCUCAACCAUGCCACUCGGUCGCUUUCAAUCGUCAACAUGCCCGUAAGAAGGAUUUUUGGGAGUUGAAGCCCCGUGAACGUUUGGUCAUUCGUCAUCAUCUUAAACCCCGGGAAAGGUUGUUUACCCCGCAGAGCACACAAUGCCCCGUUGAUGUCGAAAUGCUUCAACCGGAGCGGACAACCCAGUUCGAUACUCCGCCGCCGUUGCCUUGGGACCAUCGGGAUUCAUGGUUUGAGCCUGACACUGCACAUGCUGUACUCGGUGAACAACCAUGGACGGGGAGAACCGUCUUUCGACUCCGAUCCGAUGCCGUCCUGCCGUCGAUUGCUUAUGCCCAGGAGGAGAUCGAGCAGCUUCAUGUCACUAAGUGGACUGCCAAGCAGCACCGACAGUUGAUGGCACAAGUCAAGGUGCCCAAGCGGGAGGACCAGGUGUCGCAUGAUAGGGGGCUGGUGGCACCUCAAUCGUUUGCACAUGGAUCCAAACGAGGUAUGCCACAAGAGAUUGUGUGUGACCCGGCACGCGCCAACGUGGCCGAUGCGUUCACUGCCGUGCUUGAGCAGGGAGGAGCAAGUUUCAAGCUGACUGCUGGCGAUGCACACUGGCAGCUAGGUAAGACUGAGGUUCACGGGGGUUGGUUUAGCAGAGUGCUCACCAAGAUUUUGUCCGAACAUGCACCCCGAAACCAAACUGAAUGGCUUGACUGUGUAAAUGCAGCUCACUGUAAAAAUCAGUUAAUCCAGGUGUAUGGUAUGACGCCAUCUCAGUUCGUGUUUGGGAAGAACCCUAGAGUGCCUGAGAACUUGCUUGAUGAACCUCUAGAGAUCGUACCUGCCACCUCGGCCUUGUAUGACGAAGCUGUUGCCAAGCAAGUUGCAAUCCGACAAACUGCUCGAAAAGCAGUGCUCGAUUUGCAAGAUAGCAAGGCGCUUCGCCAAGCCUUGGCCGCCCGGCCUCGUGUGCAUCACACCUAUAGUCCUGGAACCCAUGUCGCCUACUGGCGAUCACAAAAGUGGGUUCAUGGUUCCUUGGAUAAGACUGGAAGAUGGUGUGGUCCGGCACUCGUGUUGGGUUAUGUGGGUCGUAACCUAGUGAUCAUCCAUAAAAGACAGAUUUUCCGGUGUGCCCCAGAGCAAAUUCGCCCAUCUACUCAGGAUGAACUCAAGCUGACCGAAACUCCCCAUAUGGAAUUCCUAGGUAUCAAGCAUUUGAUCGAAUCACACCAACUUGAAAGUAGGCAGUAUGUAGACCUGACCUCCGAGUCAUAUCCUGGGGUAGAGCCUGAAGUUGAAGAAGGUAGCUCACCGGCCUUGGUCGACCGGCCUUCCGUUGCUGAGCAUGGAAAACCUCGCCUCGGUCCAUUUCCAGUGAAUGCACCGCCACAAGAGGAGAGUGAAUCCCCAGAACCGCCACCGCUCAUCGACAAAAGCCCAAUGGAGCUGGAUCCACAGGCCCGCAGCGGACCAAGUGUUGUGUCGCCUCAAGAGGCUGCAUAUGGCCCUGUCCGACCGCCGAGACGGCGCGUUGGUCAAAAGGAUGGCCCAAUGGCUCUGUAUCGUCCGGGACGAAUGGCGCAAGAGGACUUUCAAGAUAUGAUGCAAGAGAUCGCGCCUGAACUUCUCCAACAAAAACGCCCCCAUGAGAUGGAAGAAGAUCUGUUAGUUGAGAGUGCCACUUUUGCCAUGGAUGAGAUUGGUGUUUGUUCGGUAGAGCUCCUUCAAAGCCACUCUAUGGGUGACGUUCAUGAUGGUCUCGACCGUAGUGCCAAACAAGAACUGGUGUCUUUGUUUCAACAGGGGAUGCCUUGUGAAGUGCUUGUUGCCACAUACAUGCAAAAGAAAGCCGCAAAAGAAAUUCCGGUAACCGGUAACCCUCCGGAGAUUCAGAAGAAAGUAGAUGAAGCCAAGCUGUUGGAAUGGAACACCAUUGAAGGAAAGCAUGCUGGUCGGGUAGUGCUUGGUACUGAGGCUGAUGACGUUCGUAGGUACCUGAGCCAUCGCAUCAUGGGUAGUCGGUAUGUGAUGACCUUGAAAGUUGAAGACGAUGCCGCCCCUCGCUUCAAAGCUCGUUGGUGCCUUCAGGGCCAUUUGGACCCAGACCUCACAGCCAAGGCUGAGCUUGGAGACCUCCAGAGUCCCACACUGUCCCAGGUUGGUCGUAACUUGAUUUUCCAAUUGUUGGCCAGCCACCAAUGGGAGAUGCAGUUGGGGGAUAUAAAAGGGGCAUUCCUGUCUGCCGGGAACCUCCCCCAACGUUACAAGCCGCUGUACGCCUCUUUGCCAAAAGGGGGUAUCCCUGGCAUCCCAGAUGGAGCCUUGAUAGAAGUGUUGGGACAUGUGUACGGAUUGAAUGACUCUCCAGCUGCCUGGUAUAAGAAGUUGAGUCACGAAUUGAUUGCAAUCGGUUUCGAGCGGUCUCGUUUCGAUUCAUGUCUUUUCUACUUUCGGGAAAACGGAAAACUGACAGGAAUCUAUGGUGUUCAUGUGGACGAUUGUGUGACAGGAGGGUGUGGUGCUGGCUAUAGAAAGGCCAUCGCUCAGCUGAAACAGACUUUUGAGUUUCGCAAGUGGCGUACUCAGAAUGGUGAUUUCUGUGGUGCACAAUAUGUUCAAGACCCAAAGACCUUCGAAAUCAUCAUGAAGCAAGAAAGGUUUGUUCAGAAGGUAAAACCCCUGCACAUGUCCCGUGAUCGAUCACGAACCCGUGAAGCCUUGUUGAAUGAAAAAGAGGUAAGUUGUUUGAGAGCUAUCAAUGGAAGCCUUAACUGGCUAUCGACGCAAUCAAGACCCGACUUGUCAACUCAAGUAUCAUUCUCACAGCAAUCAUUCCCACGACCGACAGUGAAUGAUGCUAUUGCAGCAAACCAUGCCGUAAGACGGGCCCGUCAACGCGCAGAUUUAGCCAUUAGGUUCAGCCACAUCCCACCGUCUGAAUUGGGUCUCAUGUGUCACUCGGAUGCCGCUUUCGCUAACGGCCGAUCGGGUUCCACCCAAGCUGGUUUUAUGGUUAGUUUUGUUCAUCAAGGGAUCAACUCAGGUCUUGAUAGUCCUUGGACUCCGGCUUACUGGAAAAGCCACAGGUUGCCAAGGGUUGUCAGCUCAACCCUGAGCGCUGAAGCCCAGAGUAUGGCCACUGCAUCGAGUAUGCUAGAGUGGACUAACCUUUUGCUGUCGGAGGCCCUGGACGGUCCCCGCUUUGCGCAUAGCUUGUGGAACGGAGUCGAUCACAGAUUGACCAUGCUGAUCACCGACUGCAAAUCUCUCUAUGACCACCUGAUCUCAAAUUCUUCCCCUACCUUGGACGACCGGCGAACGGCCAUAGAUAUUGUGAUCUUGAGGGAUUGUGUUUUUCGGACAAAGUCUCAGCUUCGAUGGAUCCCCACAGACAGAAUGCUAGCCGACGGACUCACGAAGGAAAGCCCGGAGGCCCUAGACCUCAUUCGUGCUUGUCUCCGUACCGCACGCUACCAGAUAAGUCCUGAAAAUCUGGUUUUGGAACGCCGAGCACAAGAGAGGGAUCGUCGAAAACAGUUUGCAUCGAAGGGUCCACCUCCUCUUGCCGAGGAAACCAAGGAGGAAAACUCUGCACAAUAG